CCCAUUUUCGCUCAUUUUUGCGCUUUUUGCCUCAUUUUGCUCUUUUUGUUUUUGAUUCAGUCCUUCUUCUUUUUUCGUCCUUGUUUUGUCUCGUUGCUUUGGCUCCAGUGGUUUUUUGGGCAACGAAACUUUGUUUGGAUUUUAUUUUCAUUCUUCUUUUUUCUUCUUUGUCUUUCCAAUGAAGCAACCCGCUCUGGUGCUUCUGGCGCUGGUCGCCUGCAUGGUGCAGAUGCACGCUGCGCAAACUCAAGCCACGAAAGUCGACGACGCCCUCGCGGCCAUCAACGGCAUGUCUGACAAGGCAACCCUGAUUCUCGCGCUGACGAACGGCGUCGCGAUCGACUACACCCCGUCCAACUCCAACCAGCUUGUCCGGUUCAACCGCAUCGAAAAGAUCACCCCGGUUUUGAUCGGCCAGACCUAUCUUAUGGCCGGCGUUGGUUUGGAUGUCACCUCAAACACCCGCAUUGGUGUCUUUGGCUUUGAUCCUUGGAUCUCGUCUGCGCCGGUUGAAGUCAAGAACACCACCAGCCGUGUCAUCGCGUGGCUUCUCACCAACAGCGCGGACUAUGCAGCAGCGAGGGCCGCCAGUCGUACAGUGACCGUGUCUUUCAUCUCCAAUAGCUGGGUCAACACACUCAAGUCGUUCUUCCCCAAUUGGACGGUCAACGUGUGCAACCUGCAGUCGAAUCUGACGGCAUGUCUCGCAACGGGCGAGCUCCACAUCAUGUCUGGCAGUGGAACACCCACCGUGGACGUCAAGUCUUUCUUCCGCGCUCGCAUUGAUGCUGGCUUCCCAUGCUUGUACAUUCAUCAAGCUGGCUGGGGUGACGACUCGAUGGGCGGCUCAAGGGCUUUUGAUAUCGCGCCGUUCCCGUACGGCGGCACUUGGUGGGAACAGCAACGCAUCCAGGUGCCAAAUACCGUGGCUGCCAUCAACACCAAGAUUGGCGUCCAGUACUUGUACUCUGAUGUCAAGGAUCUGCUGACCAAGUACAAGAACAACGGAUUCACCUUCAAUCUUGCACUCUGCGACGACGACACGUGCACGAAAGACCCAAAGUUUGGGUCGGAGCUGCUGACCACCGCCAAUCGCGUCCGAAGCCUGAUUUCAAACAUGGAGUCGGCAGGAGUCUCCCCUGUCGAAGACCCCACAUCUCCCGUCAUGCAGCAGCUCAUUCUCGCCGGCGAUGAACUCCGCGCCCAAGUCAAGUUCCCUCUCAAUGUGGGCAACUCGUCCUUGGCGUGGGCCCGCAAUGUGAUUGCCGACAACUUUGCCAUUUCUCUGCGGUCCUCUGGCGUGGCGCAAGCUGAUCUCGGUGAUUUCAACCGCGUUUUGAAUGGCACCGUUCCUCGUUUGACCAAGAACCUAACUUUCAAGACGCGUGCCUACACUGCGACCCAAAGCGCGACCGUCAGCCAGGCUUCUGGUGAAACCAUCAUCAUCACACGCACUGACUCUGUCUCCACCACUGGCCAGGUUACUGUCCACAUCAACCACAUUCGCGCCAACACACACGCUUACCGUGAUCACACGUCCAACCGCCCGUACUAUUUGUGGGGAAACUCCAUCCCACUGCCUGCCAAUGUGCCCGUCAAGAUCAACAACCCGUACGGUGGCGUCAUUUACGUGACCGUUCCGCCCUCCACCAGCGGCGCUGUGCAAAACGUGCAAAUCAAGUUUGAAAACGUCGUCCAGCACCCCGUUUAUGACGCCAUUGCCGGUGGAUCUGUUCAGCCGUUCAUCGACGCCGUCAACAGCAAAGUGUAUGGCUCUGCCGAAAUCCUGAUGCCGCAGCUGCAAGUCAACAUUUACUUCCAGCGUGGGCCUCAAUCCCUGAAGGACUCGAGCUACUCUUACAAGGUCGGCUCGGUCACAAACUACAACGUGACCAAAUUCAUGACCUACACCCGCCAGUACCUCUACGAAUAUCACUAUGCGCUUGCUGGCUUUACCUCUGCUGAAGUCCCCUACCCGCCGAUUGCCGGCAUCCCCCAGAAGGCAGCUGCUUUUGGUUUGCGUGGCAUGAACUAUACCGGACCUCAACAUGUUCUGACAAGCGUGCAAUUUAUGAACUCGGAUUGGUACUCGCAGUGCGGCGCUGGCUGCUCUGGCAACCCCAUCGACCUUGACUGGGCAUUUGCUCCUCAUGGCUGGGGUGAGCACCACGAGCUUGGCCACAACAUUCAGUACGGCCGCUUCAAAAUCAACGAUGACGCUUCCGGUGAAGUCUCGAACAACAUCUUCCCGUUGUCUGUCAACUAUGCUCGCGCGCGUGCUGGCGACACAGUGGCCCUCCGGGCUGGCCGAUCUGCCAUUCCCGACCGCAUUCAGACCAUGAAGAAUGCCAUCGCCAACGGUCAGACGCCGACGGAGGCCGGCCUUACACCCGCCGAUCUGCAAUUCUACGAAACGCUCAUCCUCUCGGGCUCGGAUACUUGGGCACGAGACGGAUCCCAGAUUGCCGGCACCAACUACUGGACACAAGACGGAUUCCAGAUCAUCCCGAUGCUCUACCUCAUGUCGCGCAACAUUGAUGCCGAGAAGAACUGGACUGCCGCUCGCGACAACUACGGCCUCAGCCUCUUUGACUCGACCUCCAUUCCAGCCAACGAUUUCAUGGUCAUGGCCUUCUCGUGGCUGAACCGCCGCGACUACCGCUCCUUCUUCUGGGCGUGGGGCCACACCUGGUCUGAGAAGGCCAACCAGCAGAUCGAGUUGUACAAUUUUGAACACCAGCCCACCAUCUUCCGGUGGCCCAACGUCACCUAUCUGAACAUUGCGAAAGAUACGGUGGCCUUCCCGAAUGACCCGUACCGUCCCGAUGCCAAUACCAGCGGCGGAUCUUCCAGUAGCGCUGCCGUCAUUGGAGGCGUUGUGGGUGGUCUCCUUGCACUUCUUCUGCUCGUCAUUCUUGCCGUGGUGAUUGUUCGCCGUCGUCGGAGCUCGCCAAAGCCGGCAGCUUCCAAGAAGUCAAGUGCCGUGGGUGCCCAGUCCUCCGAGUAUCUCAACGAUACCGAGUCCGUUGCGAUGUCCGCGCCCGCCAAGGCACCUCGCCGAAAUGCCCCGGCCCCUCCGACUGGCGCGGGCGGUGCUGCAGCAGCUGGCAAGUCAUUCCGCGCCCUGUACGACUACAAGCCGCAAUCUGCGGACGAGCUCGAGCUUUCUGUUGGUGACGUCGUGAUUGUUUCCCACACUGACACUGAUGGCUGGUCCCAUUGCAAGCACAAGGGCACCAGUCGCUCCGGCGUUGCUCCUGCGAGCUAUUUGCAGGAGAUGUAAACAACCAGGGUGCGGGUUCUCCUGGUUUGUUUGAUUGUUUGUUUGUUUAUUUGUUUGUUUGAUUGUUUGUUUGUUUGCGAUGUGCCUUCCUUUUGUUGUUGUUCCUCUGUAUUGUCAUGCAUGCCAUUGCAUUUGCUCCCUCAAAUUUGUUGUCUUCAAUACAAUGAUGCAGUAUUCAAAAAUUCAAGCCUCAG